UUUACUAUAUAUGAAUGUUCAGAGGUACAAUAGUCAUCGGGCUAGUUUACUAUAUAUGAAUGUUCAGAGGUACAAUAGUUGUCGUGUCGUGCAUCAUGUCAAGUAUGAUGGUCAUCUCAUCAUCAUGGUGUAUGCGCGUCUGAGAUCUGGAGAAAGGCAAGAAUCCAAGCAAUCUUCACCACGGUUUCCGAUUCAGUUGAUGCAAGGCGGGAUCCAAUUCGCCCAAACAUUUCCCGAACAACAACACCACGCGACCGCAAAGAAAUUAAACAAAAAAAAAAAACUAGAAGCAGAGAAGAACAAAAAGGAAGGUGAAGAAAGGCCGGCCGCCGGCGAACACAAACCGUACGCAGAGCGAAGCAGUUCCCGACCUGCACCAAGCGAAUUAGAGACCGCCGGUGUUGUAACUGAAAAGAAACAACGCGGAGAAAUUUCCGGCAAAGCUUCUCGCCUCUACCGCUGGCGCCGCCGCGGCGUACGAGUGCAACGACGGUUAGCUGAAGUAAGCGGAGAGAGGACGUAGACUAAGCCCUAUGCACUGCGAAAAGAAACUUAGACAGUUCAGGAGUAUUUAUUGCACUAGAACCGAAGACGAUGAUGACACGUGGCCAUUGACAACUGAGAAGCCGCGUCGAUCCAACGGCUCGAUAUGCUUCAAAAAUUGGGGUCCACCGGCACUAAUUGAUGUGAGGUACAGUGACCUCAUGUGUAAGCUUCUUCGCAGCUCCAAAAUGUCCAUUA